AUGUUUAUGAAAAUGAGAUCUGAUAAGUCGCAGUCGGCAUACAAAAGCUGCUGCAUUUCUUUUGGGGAAAUGUGGGACCAAAUAGGGCGGGUUUGCUCUGAGGAAAUGCAAGCAAAGAGCAACAAUUUCAAACAAAAUUGUGAUGACAGAAGAAAAUGCAAUAACUACACCAACACACUUAAAGAAUUGGCUCAGAUGUUACCCAUACCACUACGGACCAGUUGUAAGAGGUUGACCAAGAAAGAAAUCCUGCUCCGAGUCCUUCGCUACAUAGAACAUCUGCAGACAAGCAUCGAUAGAGCCAGGUCACUGCUCCAAGGUCAUGGCGAGGAACAAAAAGCUGGAUCUCAGCCGGUGGCAAAACCUGCCCUGAAGAGAGAGCACAGAGAAGUCACACCACGGGCAAAAAAUCCCAAGCCCCUGGCUGUCUACAAGAAACCCAGAAAGAGGAGACGGAUGCGCAAAUCAGAUCGGUGUGGUGGUGUGAACAAGAAAGUGUGCAAGUACCUUGCUCUGGAGGCUGGAAAGGACUCUGCCCAUGCUGUCCCACACCUGGAGGAAGAGAGCUGGAAUUUUGAUGGUGACAAGGAAUAUAAGGAUGAGAAUACAUUUUCUGUGUAUAAAGCACAAAUGGCUUACAAUAAACUGCAUCAAUACAGUGGGGGGCCUGGACACACAUUAGUGAGACAAGAGCUCGUGCACUAUCACUCCUCUUGUGAAGAAGAGGAGGAAGAAGGACCCAGAGCCAGUCCUUGGCUCUCCAUCCAAUCCCCUUUGAAGUUCUCCAAUGGUAACGUGCAGCUGUCUUCCCCUGGGAUUGGAACCCGAAGCCACAGCUGUUCUGAUUUGGGGUUGAGCCCUUCGCUUUUCUCCUCUCCUGCUCGGCUGCUUCCCCCGCACAUCCUCCAAGGUGUUCCGGAGGAGCUUUCUCCAGUAUUAUUCGAAGAUGCGUGUUUGUCUCCUCAGUGCAGCAGUUUUUCGCACACCCCUGCUGGAACGCUGUUGAGAAAGUCAGCGUUCACGCUGGAUCACUGUUACCUUUCCUACAGCGAAGCAGGUAAAACCGAGUCCAGCCCCAUGUCAAGAGUGAAUGAAAUAUUAUCCUCGUGGAGCGAACAAAUCCAAGAGGAGCCGCCCCCGGUGAGAGCCGAAGGCCCCGGCUCCUCCAGCGAGGAGAACAGCGACAGCACCUGGACCCCCUCCUUCCCCAGGGCCAAGGCCUUGUCAGGAGGCCCCCGGAGGAAGAAGAACAGGAAGAAGCAGAAGCAGAAGAAGAAGAAGGGGGCCGGGGCGGGCAGGAGAGCCCGGCGUCCCCCAGCAGGCGCUGAGAAACGCAGCAACGCCUCCUCACCCCCCCUGCAGAUGAAGAAGAAGUGCGUGAACGGCUUCAUCAUGUUUUGUCGCCUGAACCGCAAGCACUUCAUCCGCACUUGCCCAGGCAUGGCUUCCACUGCAGCUACAAGGGAGCUGGCCCAGCUGUGGCGCAUGAUGACAAAACAGGAGCGGAAGCCAUAUUGCAUGAAAGCUCGCCAAUUCAGUCGCCUCAACAACCGAAUUGUGAGAGACGACUUCUCCAGUGGCGACGAGGAAGCGGAACCGCCCAAGCCCUUCCACCUGCUGCUUGCUGAGAAAUCCAUUCCUGGCACCCAGACAGUGGGCAACGUCUCUUUGUUAGGCUGUAUUCCAUGAUUCUUCCCCACUGGGAUGGUAAUGUAUCUCUUAUUCAGUGGGGUCUCUCUCUGCUGAUGAGGUUGGACCUUCCCUACCCAGGGUUCUGCAGUAGAGUGUGUGCCUGCUCCAUUUCAGCAAAGUAUCAAGCAACAGGAGCUUUACUUGGUCUCGUUGACAGGGGGAAUGUAGAGAAGCAACAACAAGGAAGGAGGCCAUUUGCCCUGUUUCUCCCCAAAACAUCAGCUUUCCCCAUCUAUUUUUCCUUGCUAUUUUCCUUGUAUCAUAUCCCACCACCAAAGUUUCAUCUGUCGUUAGGCAUUUGGGUUUUCCUGAGCAGAACGAAGAUAUCAGUAGAUGGAAUGGUUUUCCCCCCCCCCCAUAUUUCCAGAUGUUCCAGUCACUACGGUCCUACAUAUGCUGUUCUAUGUCCAAAAUGGAUCUCUAGUGAUCUUGAACAAAGCAGGAUCAGCUGCAGGCAGGAAACAGCAGGAGGAAGGGGAACCACCAGCUCUAGAUGACGGGACCGUGUGGGUCUAUUUGAGAACAUGCCAAGUUUGAGAUUUUAUAUUAACUUUUAUCCUUGAUCUAAAAGCACAAAUGAAUUUGAAAGGAUCUACUUUUAAAAAUAAUUUUAAUGGACUGGAGACAAACAUCUAAGAUCUAUAUUUAUUGUCUAAGCCUUUAUCUGCCUUUCGUCGCCCACAGCUUGGUGCCAUAGAUGUUCUCAGAUCCACCCCAUCAGUUUAGUUACCAGCAGUUUAGUUCCAUAUUUGGUGAGUACAAAUGGAAUUUUUGAGGUCCAUAUAGGCUCGCUUGCUCCACACCAAGUUUCAGGCUUUAUCAUAUAGUCAAUGGUUUCUAGAUGUUUUAAACUUUUAACUGAGGCAAGUCCAUUUCAGAGCUUGCUCUGGGUGGCAUUGAGUUCCCACUGACCCCGUUAGGUGGGCCAGUACCUCAAAAUCCUGAAGAAGGAAUGAAUCUGCAGGUUUGCUUUUGUUCAAGGAGAGUUAAGAAGUUUUAAAGAGACGAAACUGGUUCUGAGCUAAGGAAGGUUAAUGCCUCAUAUUGAGAAGGGAGAAUUUCGUCUUUAGGAGGAGCUUAAAUCAGACUCUUAUAUUUCUGGCUGGUUUGGGUUUUGUUUCGGUGGAAUGCUGAGUCAUCCCUUUCCUCUUGUGGAUUGUGUCCUCCAUACACAGAUCAAUUUGUGUUUGAAAUACUGUUUUAAGCUUCAAUGGAUUUUUCCAUUGUUUUUACCUAUUUAUAUAUUUAUUG